GGGCGCAUGCGCGAGCGCGGCCACGAUGGGCAGCCCGAGGAGCGGCGCGGCCUGCGUCGUGUGCGGCGGCGGCCGCCCCAACUACCGCUGCCCGCCCUGCCGCCAGCCCUACUGCUCUGUCCCUUGCUACAAGAAGCACAAAGAACAGUGCAACCCCACACCGGCUCAAGCGUCAGAGAAGAUAAUUCCAGGAACUUCCCCAAAUGCCAGAAUACCGAAACCUCUGGAAGACAAAGGUGACAAAUGGUCUGCCCUUCUCACCAGUGAUGAUGAAGAAGAUAGAAUCUCCAUUCAGAAGCUCAAACAUCUAGGGAAAUCGGAAGAAUUGAAAAACCUCCUCCUCAACCCCCAUCUCAGAACGUUGCUGCUCACCUUAGAUCAAGCAGAAGAGAAAGAGGUGCUCAUGAAAAGAUACAUGCAGGAGCCGUUGUUUGUGGAAUUUGCAGACUGUUGCCUGAGGAUAGUUGACCCUCCCGACGAUGAGUGAACUAUCCGGUGUGAACUGGUGAGCUGGUCCCAGUCCCUCCCAGCAGAGUCAGCGCUGGGCACUUAUGCCCAGGCUGUGGCCAUCCAGGGGCAGCUCACUGCAGGCUGCGUAACCAAGCUUAGAAACGUUCAAACCCUCACUCCCAACUGAGACCCUGCUGCACUCAACCACCAUGGGAUGCAAAGGGUCACUUUUUAAUACAACAUUGUGGUUUCUUUCCUAUAAGCAUUUAUUCUUUAAAGGACAAAAUGUUAUAAAACAUCACCUAUCUAAACUUAAAUAAAUUAUGACUUUGGACUAAA